CCGGGUGCCGUCCGGCGCUUCCGCUUCCCGUCCCCGCCCCCGGCGGCCGCCCCAGGGGAACGCCUGGGACGGAGCCCCCUCCCCGUUUGGCGCCGAGCCCGCAUCCCCGAGCCGUCGGCGGCGCGGGCACCGGAGCCCCGCCGAGGAGCUCCGGAGGGCGCCGGGGUGGCGGAGGCGGCUGCUGCAGCGGCGGCGGCGGGAGGAGAAGGGGAGCGGCUGCGCGCCGGAAGGAGCAGCAGGGCGGCGUGCCGGCGAUGGAGCGCUCGGUGGGGCCCUGGGGCGCGGAUCUCCGUGGCUCAGAGGACAGGGAGCAGCUGAGAGGCACCCGCACAGGUCUAGGGAGUGAGAACGUGGAGAUUUCUCAGCCAGAUGAGUUUGAACAUGCCCCACAGGAGGAUGACUUGGGGUUCAAGGAAGAGGAAGAUUUGGCCCCAGGUCAUGAAGUAGGAAAUGCCUCUCUCAAACCCGAAGGCAUUCAGACCUGGGAUGACUUGUGGGUCCAGAGAGUGGGACCUGGGAAACCACAGGCCCGGGACAGAGGCCCUCGGCUCCUGGGAGAACCACGCUGGGGCCAGGCUAGCGAUCGGGCUGCCGUGUGCAGCGAGUGUGGCAAGAGCUUUCGGCAGAUGUCAGAUCUGGUGAAACACCAGCGAACCCACACAGGGGAGAAGCCCUACAAGUGCGGGGUCUGUGGCAAGGGCUUUGGGGAUAGCUCUGCCCGUAUUAAACACCAGCGAACUCAUAGUGGUGAAAAGCCCUACAGAGCCCGGCCACCAGCCCAGGGCCCCCCAAAGAUUCCUCGGUCCAGGAUCCCUGCUGGUGAGCGCCCCACCAUCUGCGGUGAGUGCGGCAAGAGCUUCCGGCAGAGCUCUGACCUGGUGAAACACCAGCGGACACACACGGGCGAGAAGCCCUACAAGUGCGGGGUCUGUGGCAAGGGCUUUGGUGACAGUUCUGCCCGCAUAAAGCACCAGCGGACACACCGUGGGGAGCAGCCCCCUCGGCCCGUGGUGCCCCGACGGCUGCCAUCUCGAGCAGCCACGGCAGCCGCACAGGGACCUAAGGCCCAGGACAAGCCAUAUAUCUGUACCGACUGUGGCAAAAGAUUUGUGCUCAGCUGCAGCCUCCUGAGCCACCAGCGCAGUCACCUGGGGCCCAAGCCUUUUGGCUGUGAUGUGUGUGGAAAGGAGUUUGCCCGGGGCUCAGAUCUGGUGAAGCACCUGCGGGUGCACACAGGAGAGAAGCCUUACCUCUGCCCCGAGUGUGGCAAGGGCUUCGCUGACAGCUCCGCCCGGGUCAAGCACCUCCGCACCCACAGUGGCGAGAGGCCUCAUGCCUGUCCGGAGUGUGCCCGCACCUUCAGCCUCAGCUCCACCCUUUUCCGCCACCGCCUCACUCACGCGGAGCCCCAGGACUUCAGCUUCCCAGGCUACCCCCUCGCCCCCCUGAUCCCCAGCCCACCCCCCAGCUCAAGCCCACCCCCACCUCCCCUCGGCACCAGCCCCCCGCUGACGCCUCGAAGCCCUUCGCACUCGGGUGAUGGCCCUUUCGGCCUGCCUGGCUUGGAGCCGGAGCCUGGGGGCCCACAGGCUGGGGAGCCACCUCCACCGCUGGCGGGUGACAAGCCCCACAAGUGCCCUGAGUGUGGCAAGGGUUUCCGCCGAAGCUCGGACCUGGUGAAACACCAUCGUGUACACACGGGGGAAAAACCCUACCUCUGCCCUGAAUGCGGCAAGGGUUUUGCCGACAGCUCUGCCCGAGUCAAGCACCUCCGCACCCACCGUGGUGAACGGGCUCGGCCACCGCCACCAUCCACUCUCCUGAGGCCACACAAUCCCCCUGGCCCGGCACCCACGGCCCCUCGAUCCCGAGUCCGGGCUCAGCCCUCUGGGCCCAGCCAGCCCCACGUGUGUGGCUUCUGUGGGAAGGAGUUUCCCCGGAGCUCGGAUCUAGUCAAACAUAGGCGCACACACACCGGGGAGAAGCCAUACAAGUGUGCAGAGUGUGGCAAGGGUUUUGGUGACAGUUCUGCCCGCAUCAAGCACCAGCGUGGGCACCUGGUCUUGAGGCCCUUUGGGACAGGGGAUGGUCAGGCAAGGCCCCUCAAAGAGGAGCCACCAACGGGACUGGAAUGAUGGGGUCCAGGGAGGGUGGAGGCCCAGGAGACCAAAGGGGGGGUAUCUGCCGCUUAAGCAGAGAAGAAAGGGCCUGGGAGGCGGUGGGAGGGAGAAGGAGGGGAAGAAACAAAUGGGAGAAAGGAGUGGAUAGAUAGCAAUAGAGAUUUGGAGACAAUGACCUUGAAGCUCAGGAAACUCCUAGCUGGGCUCAGUCAGGACCGUGCCAGUGUGGUUUAUACCCCCAGCUUCUAGAACACUGCCUAGUAUGCAGUAGGCAAUAAAUAUUUGUUGAUGAAUAAACUGACCUUAGCCUGAGGGCCCUUAAAGAACUCUAAAUUCCUGCUGCCUCUUAACCUGUAAAUUGACCCCUCCCAACCUUGCCCCUGGGAGACCAGCAUCCUGAACCAGGGUUUGUUAGACCUAUGAGCUGCAACAAUGCGACUUCUGAGGUUUAGGGUGACAGAGUGAGGCAAGGCCAUCCUGACCACCCUACUGAUGGUGAGAGUAUUGUUGUGAGGCAGGCAGUACCCAGCCUCAGGCUGCUGGACGUGGUCUUAGCCAGGAAGAGGACACUUGGAGAGGCCAGACCUAUGUGCCCUGGAGAAGCCCAAACUGCCCUGACACCUGGACACGGCAGAAUAGGUCAGAGACAGCAGAAAGGGCAGUCAUCUGCCUUGGAUGCUAAGCUCAGGUCCUCGUGGACGGCAGCAGAGAUACACUGGGAGAAGGGCAGUACAGGGGUGAGGAGAAGCCAGGGAAGCACCAAGGCCUGACAGCCACAUCUCCAUGUGUCUCGCCAAUAAACUGCUUCUUGUCUGA